AUGUCUUACCAUAAAACAAAUGAUCAUCACAUAUCCAAAACAAUUAUCAAUGAAAGAUGGAAAAAUAAACUUCAAAAUCCUUUAUCAGAUCAAAUAAAAGACUUAUGUUUGGAAGACAAAAUGAUACAGGACAAAACCCGUAGAACAUUGACCUUAACUAAUCUCGAAAAAGAAAAAACAAGAUGUUUAUUAAGACAGUUAAAAGAAGAUUUAAAACAAGUUUUAGCCAGCAACAAGUUACUACCAGAACCAUUGCAGUUUUCUGACGACUAUUUUCAAAUCGAUGAACGAAUAAAUAAUUCAAUUAUUGAAGAAGAGCAAUCUAAAAUGAAUAAAUUACAUUUAAAACUAGCGUUCGAUUAUGAAAAGAGUUUAUUAGCUCUUAAAAAUGUCAAAAAUUAUUUCGUCGAUAACGUUUUAACCAAUAAGUUUAAAGUUACAGCAAUUUUGACAGAUGCAGGAGUUCAAACGAUAUACCACAAAACGGAAAAUAAUAAUAUAUUUAUUAGUUUAGUAAAUGAAUUUUUAUCCAAGAAACAUCCAAAACGACGGUAACCUAUAGAGAAAAUAAUAGCCGUAAACUUUUUAAGAAGACGUGAAAUGACAGUUUUAAGCAAAACAAUUACCCAUAGCAUGCAGGCGGUUUCUGAAUCAGAAUUAUUUCUUCAAAAUGUACGUAAACUAUAUUCGUCUUUACCAAAAAAGAUUCAGUUUACCAUAGAUAAGUUUUCAGCAAGAAAAGAUUUUGAAAAUCGAAUAAUUCUUAAUAUUCAUAACAUGAAUAAAAAUAAGCCAGAUAAUAAAAAUAAUAUCGAAGAAGAAGCAUUACUAAAAAAUACUCUAGAUUCAAUUGGUUAUUUAAACUUAAAAUCUGAAUCGAAUUAUAAAAUCAAUGAAAAUAAAAUAAUUUUAAUGGAAGAUACAUUUGAACAAUAUAUGGAAGUUAAAGAAAAGAUACACAAUUUAAAAACAACUUUUAAUGAAAAAGUGUUUGAACUCAAAACACAAAAAAUAAAAUUAAUACAAGAAUACAUUCAAUUCAAAUUUGAUAUUAAUAAUAUACAAAAGGAAUUAAAUGAUCCAGAAAUAAUAACUCCAUCAGAUUUCCCUGAAGUCCUAAUACACGAAUCUAUUGAUCCGAGCUUAAUUAAUUCGUUUGAACCAAUUGAUUAUUUGGAUCCUAUAGAUUUAUUUUUUAAACCUGAAAAAAGCCCUUUGUAUAAAAAUGCAUAUUUUUAUGAAGAGUCUACUCGUCGAGAAAUCAUCAUGCAAAAAAUGAUAAUUGAAAAAUUAAAAUACAGACAUAUGCAUUUGCAUGAAACCAUGUUAAGAAAAAUUGAUAUGUUUGAUGAACAUCUAUUUAAAUUGAUUAAACUGCGAAUCGAAAUGAAACUUGAAAUUAAAUUUCUUGAACUAUGGGCUACGACUUUAGAAGAAGAAAUGUUAGUGUUAUACGAUUUUGAUUUACUCGAAGAUGAACUUCUGUACAAUGUUCAUGUUAAAACAGAAUUACAAAAUGAUAAAGCUCAACAAAUACAAAGAAUUCAAGAUGACAUCAAUUAUUAUAACGACAUUAAUAUAAAAAAAACAAAUAUGCUAAUAGACAACCAAAAUACUUUUGAAAUGUGUAUGAAAAUGGAAAAUAAAGGUUUUGCGAAACAUUUUAAAAAACUUUUUGAUAAGAAAUUGAAAAUACCCAAAAAUAAAUCUGAUUAUGCCGAUGAUGCCCUUUCAUCGUCAUCAUCCGACGGAAGUGACGAAUCUGAUCAAGAAUUUAAUAACGAAAGUGGUGAAUCAUUAAUGGCAAUGAAUCGAGUACCAGCGUUUGAUGAAAAAGGAUUACCAUUAGGGUGUGAUCCUAAAUUACUUGAUAUAACAUUAGAGUUGAGGUCAAAAAAAUAUGAAAUCGAACAAAUCAUAGAGGUUAACAAAAAAAAAUUGGACAUUGCUAACGCACAGCUAGUUUUAACUUUCGACGAACUUGAUGUCAUAGAAAUUGAGAUAAAAGAAAUUCAAAAUGAGCUAGAAGAAUGUCGGAUAAAAAAGCAAUUAAAACUAAAUGAUAUUUAUACCACAAUUGUAUUAAAUAAAUCUCAAAUCUCCAAAGCUAAAUCAUUGAAAAAUAGUAUCUUAUUAUAUGGAAAUGUUUUACAAGAUUUAUCAAAUCGAUCAUUGGAGUUAAAAAAAGAGGAAAAAGAAAUAAUUAGUACUUUAAAAAAAGAAAAGUUAUGUGCAAAAAAGGAUCGCAUUGAAAUAGCUAAAAUGGAGAAUAUUUUAAAAAAUAUUAAAAUAGCUAUUAAAGAUGAAAUGGUUAAGAAAUUUAAAACUGAAAUGGAUUGGAAAUUUUUAGACCAAAUGGAUAUGACUAUAAUCAAUCACAUGAUAAUUAAAUCUAAAACUGACGCCAAAGAUACAAAGAAACGUUUUAUUCAAGAAUUGAGAAUAUUAGAAGAUAAAAUUUGCUCACAACAAAAUAUAGUGACUGACUUAUUAAGAUCAAAUAAUCAGAAAAAUAAAUUGUUAAAAAAUGUUCUUGGAAACAUUAUUAAAAUACGACAGUAUUUGGAUACAGACCAAAAACAAAUUAUGAAAAAAUAUCAAGAUUUAUCUAUUGAAUCUUCAUUUAGUAAUGAAAUAACUACCAUAAACUGUAAAUAUGAUAAAUUAUUAAAGAAGAAACAAGAAAUUUGUGAAAAAAUUAACAUUUUUAAAUGCAAUAAUGGUAAAAUGUCUCUUCCUAUAAUACAAAAAUCAAAUCCAAAAGCGAUGAAAAGUUUGACAAUUAAUGAUAAGUCAUUAGCUACACGUAUGACUCGGCAAAAGCAAAGUGAAGAACUUGAUUUAGAUACUAUACUGAAAAGCUUUUUAAUAAUUAAUUAA